AUGAAAAUCUUAAGUUGGAAUUGUCGGGGUCUGAGCAGCCCGCGAGCAAUUCCUAACUUACGUAAGCUAGCUCAUACGCACCAGCCUGACAUCAUCUUUCUAUCGGAGACUCUUACUAAAACUUGCAAAUUGGAAUCAAUUAGAGUUGGGUUGAAAUUCACGGCUUGUUUUGUUAUUGACGUCGAUGGUAGAAGCGGAGGUUUGGCGGUACUUUGGAAGAACUCAAAUAAGUGCAGUGUGCAGAAUUUCACGCAUAACUUCAUCAACAUUCAUGUAAAAGACGACAACAAAGGAGAGUGGCGGUUAACCUGUUACUAUGGUUAUCCAGAACGGAACAGAAGAAGACAAGCUUGGGAUAUGCUGAGGGAAAUUAGUUCUAUGUCUAGUUUGCCUUGGUGUAUAAUUGGAGACUUCAAUGACAUGCUCUCUCAGCAAGACAAGCAUGGAAUCCACCCACACCCCAACUGGCUUUGCAAUGGUUUUCGAGAUACUGUUAGUGAUUAUAAUCUUGUCGAUAUCCCUCUAGAAGGACACCAAUAUACUUGGGUUAUGAGCCGAGGAACUGACCGUAUGGUUGAGGAGAGAUUAGACCGUGCCUUAGCUAAUACUUCCUGGUUGGAGUUGUCUCCUUCAGCUAAGCUAGUUAACCUCAUCACAACGCAUUCGGAUCAUUCUCCAAUACUCCUCUCGUGUGACCCUGCCCUUCAAUACCGUCGGCAUCAUGCUUUUAGAUUUGAAAAUUGCUGGCUAGAAGAAGAAGACAUAGAAGACGUAGUUCGACAUGGGUGGCAGCAGGAAAGAGCUUGCGAUGUUACGCAUCAAAUUUCUAAUUAUGCAAAAGAUUUGGAGAAGUGGAACAAUAGAAACAGAAGAAGAAGGAAGGAGGAGAUAGAUAGUCACAAAUAA